ACGUUCGCGUUUUCCGUCCCCGUUUCCCGGCGGAGCGGUGCGCGGCGGCUGUCGCUAUGGCAGCGGGGCCGUGGGGCUGGGGGCUGGCGGUGCUGCUGCUGUUAUUGUUGGCGGUACUGCGCUGCGCCGCGUGCCGCCUGCGGAGUCGUUCCGCCGCGAACAGCGCGGCGGUGUCGCGGGAUGAUGACGUCAGCGCUCUGUUGGUGACGGCGCACCCCGAUGACGAAGUGAUGUUCUUCGCCCCCACGCUGCUCUGCCUGGGCAGGGCCGGCGCCCGCCUCGCGGUGCUGUGCUGCUCCGCAGGAAACUAUUACAAUCAAGGAGAGAUUCGUAAGAAAGAACUGGAACAAAGUUGUUGUCUGCUGGGGGUUCCUGCAUCCAAUGUAACAGUCAUUGAUCACAGGGAUCUUCCAGACAAUCCUUCUGUUGAAUGGGACACACGGCUCCUUGCCUCCUUCGUGCUGAAGCAUAUAGAAGCCAACAACAUCAACCUGGUGGUAACUUUUGAUGCGGGAGGAGUGAGUGGUCAUGCUAACCACAUUGCUCUCUACACUGCUUUAAGGUACCUGCUUUCAGAGAGGAGGUUACCUGAAGGGUGCCGUGUGCUUGUCCUUGAGUCAGUAAAUCUCCUGAGGAAGUACAUCUCCAUCCUGGAUGUGCCCCUUUCCUGCCUCCUGCCCAGAGAUGUGCUCUUCAUACUCACAGAAGAAGAGAGUCAGCAAGCCAGGAGAGCCAUGCAGUGUCAUCACAGCCAGCUCCUCUGGUUUCGCCGCAUCUAUAUGCUUUUCUCACGCUAUGUAGUGAUCAAUUCACUCCACCUUCUGGAAAAGACAACGCUUACAACUCAGGGAGUAAAAGAAUGAGCAAAAAAAAAAAGUCUGUGCCAGGACAAC